AUGGAUGAAUUAAUAUCAGAAUGGGAUAGAAGGAGAUACAUACCUAAACCUGGUGAACCAGAUUUGCCUCCACAAUUAUCUGAUAUGGCUGAAAAAUCUUCUGAAGAUAUCAUGAAGGAGUUAAAUCGUUUACCAUUUUUCAUGACAGAACUUGAUGAAACAGACGGAGAUGGUGGUGAAAAUACAAAUUUGGAAGCUUUGAAAAGUUUAGCAUACGAUGGAGAGCCCGAUGAAAUCGCCACAAACUUCAAAAAUCAAGGUAAUGACUGUUUCAAAGCUAAACAAUAUAAGAAUGCUAUCACAUACUACACUCAAGGUAUUGAAGUGGAACACAACGUUACUACCUUAAAAGUUGCAUUGCUUGUAAAUAGAGCUGCUUGUAAUUUGGAAUUGAAAAAUUUCAGAAGAUGUAUAGAAGAUUGCAAACAAGUUUUAUUAUUAGAUGAUAAGAAUGUGAAAGCUUGCUAUAGAUCCGGUAAAGCCUUCUUAGCAGUUUCAAGAUUUGAAGAAGCAAAAGCCAUUUUAGAAUAUGGUUUGGCAAUUGAUCCAGAAAACAAACCAAUGAAAGAUACUUUGGACCAAACAAUCAAGAAACAAAAGCAAAUUAAUGAUGCCAUAGAACGUAAAGAGCGUGAGACUAAAGAAGCCGAGAUGAAGAAGACGAUUUUGGUCAAUGCUGUUAAAUUGAGACACAUGCGUGUUUUAAAAGCCUCUAGACCUGCUGAACUACUCGAAGAAGCUGAAAUACGAUUGGAAGAUCCCCUUGACCAUGAAUCCCAAUUAAUAUUCCCAGCCAUGAUAUUAUAUCCUACUAUUGAUGAGUUUGAUUUUGUUGCAGAAAUCAGUGAAUUAUCUACUCCUCAAGAGAUUUUAGAAUUAAUAAUGAAUAGACCUAAAGAAUGGUUUGAAAAUCCAAAACAUAAGAGUUUUGCUCUUGUCAAAAAACUUCAAUGCUUUAUGGAAACAGAAGCAGGUGGAUUGGUGAAGAUUGGUAAGAAUGCUCCAAUAAACAAUGCUUUGAUGUCUGACAAAGCCAAGGCCCCUCUUUUUGAUAAUGCAUUGAGAUUAUACGUUGUUCCAAAAGAUGACGUUGAAGGUUGGUUGAAAACCUGGAACAAAGAGGCUGCUUUGAAGAAACGUAAUUUAUAA